AUGAUUUCUUCACAGUCUGACUAUUCUUUUCUUCAGCGUGCAGUAGCUGGUUACUUCCUUCUUCCGUGGGCUGCGCUCCAUAUCUACUCUGUUGACAAAUUUGAGGCUCUACGAUGGCAUCGCAUUCGACACGGCGAAAUCAAAUCCUUGAUGACAAUUCUCUUCUUCAUCUGUCUUUUCUUAAUCACAUUGUACGAUUCGAUUGCAUCGUAUCUGAAAUACAAAGAAGGAUUUAUCCUUCUUCCCAAUGGACAGGCACUAGCUAAACCAGGAAUACUGUGGUCGGAAAAAGAUAUGCGUUUGUCAAACAUGGAUACUUACCUACUGAUGACAUAUUUUGCAAUUGAAAACGCGGGACUGUUUUUGUUGCAAAAUUUCUGGAAUUAUUUGACUGGAACAAUUGUUCAAAAAAAUUUCAUCGCAAGCACCCAUUUUAAAGUCAAUUACGGUUUUGCGUUGGUUGCCAUCGUAAUUUUUCCCUUGAUUCCAUUUGUUUUCCAAUAUAAUGAAUUGUUAGCUCUUGUACUGCCAAGGCUAUUUGCAGUAACAUGUAACAUUCCCAUAAUUCUUUAUGGAAUCAGAGCACACUUCAAAUUCAGUCAAUUUAUCAAUGAAAGCAAAGGGGUGCUUGAUGGUCAACUAAUAACAAGCAAGCUUGUGUAUUAUAGGGAUAUGAAUACGCGCUUUAUGACUUGUAUUGCACUUGGUACAAUCUCAUUCUUCAUUCUCUCUGUCGAUGGAUUAACGCCUGAAAAGACGCUCAACAGCAAUAAAUUUAUAUCCGAUUUAUUUGCCAAUAUCGCAAAUUUGGCUCAUACACUCGACUGGAUUAUUCUCAUUCUGGUCUUUUAUCCCAGCAAACAUUUCAACUUAAUUCCUGCGUCUACGACUACAAUUAGAGUGGUGAUAGAUGGGGACAAUAACACGUCUGCAACUACACUCCCAGUACUGAACAAAGUAAUAGACGAUAAAUACAGCUUGGCAGAGAUAAGCAAUGAGAAAGAAAUUAAAACUGACGCACAUCUUAGUAAUUAUUCAAGCUUUAGUCUGUAG